GCGCCUCUUGUCCUUACAGCAUCUGGUGGGGAUCACUGUUUGCUGUGGGUCCAUGAGAAUGAAGCACACCGCUGCGUGCCUUGCGGCACUGGCCCUGCUCGGCAGCGUCUGCAUCGGAUUUCAGGUGCCCCAUGAUGAGGAGCAGGCCAAGCAUGUACUUGAGAGGCCGCUCACCUGGAGCUACCCUGAAGGGCCCACGAAUCCGGUCGCGCCUGUGCCCGAUUUCGAGCUCCGGCACCCCGUCCCUGCAGCAACCGUUUCAGUGGAGUGCGGAGAGAGGCAAGCGCGCGUGGAGGUCCAGUUGGACUUUUUUGGAAUAGGCCAGUUCAUCAAGCCCUCUGACCUGACGCUGGGUCCUUGUGGCGCAGUGGCUGAGGACACUCAAGCCCAUGUGCUGAUAUUCCAGCCUGAGCUGCAAGACUGCGGUAGCAUUUCGCGAACGACAGACGAUGCUCUCAUCUACACUUUUUCUCUCAACUAUAACCCCACAAGGCUGGGUGAAUCCCCUGUUGUGAGGACCAACGAAGCUGCCGUGAUUGUGGAAUGUCACUACCCAAGGCACCACAACGUGAGCAGCCUCCCACUCGACCCACAAUGGAUACCAUUCUCUGCAGUCAGGGUUGCAGAGGAGUUCUUAUACUUCACUCUUACCCUGAGGACCGACGACUGGAUGUACGAGAGGCCUCGUUACCAGUACUACCUGGGAGACAUGAUCCGUAUCGAGGCCUCCGUCAGGCAGUACCACCACGUGCCCCUACGCGUUUUUGUGGAAAGCUGUACGGCUACCCUCUCGCCCGAUAUGAAUUCCAGCCCAAGAUAUACCUUCCUUGAACAGGGGUGUUUAAUUGACGCGAGGAUCACAGGCGCAGAGUCCAGGUUCAUGCAACGAACAGCAGAGAACAUGCUCCAGUUCCAGUUUGAGGCAUUCAGGUUCCAGGGUGCAGACAGCGGCAUGCUUUACAUUACCUGCCACUUGAGAGCCACGUCGAACGGCCACGACAUUGAUUCUGAACACAGGGCCUGCUCCCACAUACAGAACGGCUGGAGGGAGGCCAGUGGCGUGGAUUCAGCAUGCUCCUCCUGUAAUGGCCUUGAUGGAAAUCAACAACCAGGCAACCCUUGGAACCCUGGUGACCCUCAUCAAGGCGGAGGAGGCGGCUCUCAAACAGGAGGCAUUGGCUGGACCACCGGUGGUGGAGGCGGCUCUCAAACAGGAGGUGGUUCUCAAACAGGAGGCAUUGGCUGGACCACCGGUGGUGGAGGCGGCACUCAAACAGGAGGCGGCUGGACCACCGGUGGUGGAGGCGGCUCUCGAACAGGAGGCGGCUCUCAAACUGGAGGCGGCUGGACCACCGGUGGUGGAGGCGGUUCUCAAACAGGAGGCGGCCGGACCACCGGUGGUGGAGGCGGCUCUCGAACAGGAGGCGACUCUCAAACUGGAGGCAUUGGCUGGACCACCGGUGGUGGAGGCAGCUCUCAAACAGGAGGCGGCUGGACCACCGGUGGUGGAGGCGGCUCUCAAACAGGAGGUGGCUCUCAAACAGGAGGCGGCUGGACCACCAGUGGUGGAGGCGGCUCUCAAACAGGAGGCAACUCUCAAACUGAAGGCACUGGCUGGACCACCGGUGGUGGAGGCGGCUCUCAAACAGGAGGUGGCUCUCAAACAGGAGGCAUUGGCUGGACGACCGGUGGUGGAGGCAGUUCUCAAGCAGGAGGUGGCUCUCAAACAGGAGGCAUUGGCUGGACCACCGGUGGUGGAGGCGGCUCUCAAACAGGAGGCGGCCGGACCACUGGUGGUGGAGGCGGCUCUCAAACAGGAGGCGGCCGGACCACCGGUGGUGGAGGCGGCUCUCAAACAGGAGGCAUUGGCUGGACCACCGGUGGUGGAGGCGGCUCUCAAACAGGAGGCGGCUGGACCACCAGUGGUGGAGGCGGCUCUCAAACAGGAGGUGGCUCUCAAACAGGAGGCGGCUGGACCACCGGUGGUGGAGGCGGCUCUCGAACAGGAGGCGGCUCUCAAACAGGAGGCGGCUCUCAAACAGGAGGCGGCUGGACCACCAGUGGUGGAGGCGGCUCUCGAACAGGAGGCGACUCUCAAACUGGAGGCAUUGGCUGGACCACCGGUGGUGGAGGCGGCACUCAAACAGGAGGCGGCUGGACCACCGGUGGUGGAGGCGGCUCUCGAACAGGAGGCGGCUCUCAAACUGGAGGCGGCUGGACCACCGGUGGUGGAGGCGGUUCUCAAACAGGAGGCAGCUGGACCACCGGUGGUGGAGGCGGCUCUCAAACAGGAGGCGGCUGGACCACCGGUCGUGGAGGCGGCUCUCAAACAGGUGGCGGCGGAAGUGGUGGAAGUGGCGGUGGCAAUGACGGUGGCGGUGGAGGAAAUCAACCAAGGGAACAAACCUGGACCACUGGCUCCACUGGACAUACCAACACAGGCACUUCCUGGGCUACUGUCACUAACAUUGGUGGAGGAACCUCUGGAACGGGCAUCUGGCUAAAGACUGGAAGAGGCAAAGACGAACCAGAAAAACAAACUGUUACUUGGAACCCCACUGGUCCCGGACAAAGUGGCGCAAGCACUACUUGGACCGUAACCAGCUCAACUGGUAGCAGUACAAGGGGUGAAAGAAAGAGGCGUUCGGUGAAAUCAGAUCAAGUUUAUGAAUGGAGAGGUGAUGUCACACUGGGUCCCUUCGAAAUUGCAGAGAAAGUCGUUUGAAGUCAACAUUCCAACGUGGCGAUGGAAAUAAACAUUCUGAUUGGA